AGCUUCUAAACCGAAACCCCCUCAAAAUCGUAGGUUAAUUAAUUCUCCGUAGGAACCAAAACAAAGAGAAAACAACAGAGAAAUAGCAAUUCGAAAAAAAAAUAAUGGCGGUUCCAGGGAGACGCAAUGGAUUGAUGGAAGAAGACGAGCACGACGACGAAAACGCUCUCUUUGAAGAAAACGGUCUGGAAAUGGACCUUGAAGCCGACACUCCUCCUCACCUCCGUGACCUCGCCGCCGCCGCCCAGCUCGGCGACCUGGACGCUCUUCGCCUCGCCCUAGACAACUUGAAUGGCAGCAUCGAUGAACCUGUAGAAGAUGGGGAUACAGCUCUCCAUCUUGCCUGCCUUUAUGGUUAUCUACCUUGUGUCCAGCUACUUUUGGAAAGAGGGGCUAAUUUGGAGGCCAAGGAUGAAGAUGGGGCAGUUCCUUUACAUGAUGCCUGUGCAGGGGGAUUUAUUGAUAUAGUACAACUUCUACUUGGCACCGCCACCAACGCUGGAUGUCUGAAAAGGGUGCUAGAUACAGUUGAUGCGGAAGGUGAUACUCCUCUUCAUCAUGCAGCACGAGGUGAGCAUGUGGAUGUACUACGACUGUUGCUGGCUAAUGGGGCUUCUCCAACAAAGACAAACAUAUAUGGAAAGAUCCCGCAUGAGCUAGCUGACCCUGAAACGGAAGCGUGGAGAGUUUUAGAUGCUGCUGCUGGGGCUGAGACCUCCUAAUAAAACUACAGCCGAUGAUUCCUGAAAAUUGUUUAGCUAGUGUUAGAGGAGCAUGGCUGAGUGGUGGCCUCUUUUUCCCGCCACUCUGCCGUGGUCAAUUGACAGCAAAUAAUUUUGAGGCUAGGAUGAAAUAUUUUUGUUCUCAUUUAAUUUAAUACAUACUAGUAUCUUAGGAGAAGAGAGAGCUUGUAAGUUACAUAGCUUUUUAGUGCUACCCUGUUGACUGUUGUUAAUCUCAAAGGAACAAAUUUCUUACAGCAAAUCAUAUUUUAUGUCUUA